CGUCGAUCAUAGUUAUCGGAAUCUUUCCAACAUGUCUCUCGAAUAUGAGACAACAUUGUAAAGUUAUAGAUAUAAUAAGGUUAAAAUGUGAUUUUGAUACAGACUUUCGUAUGUAAUCCUAAUAAAUAAAAUAUUUUAUUAUGAACGGAUUAAUCUCAUUUAAAAUCUCACUAUAAAAGGGACAAAUAAUUAUGAGUUUCAUUACGAUAUUACAACUGAGACAGACUAGAAUAUUAACUAAAUGUCUCUUAGAACAAUAUUUGAAAAGAUACUUAAGGUGUCAAACAAAGUUUUAUUGCAUUAAACAUACUAGCCAUAAAAAUGCUAUUAAUUCGAAAGAUCGUACUAUAAAAAGGAAAGCAUUGAAGGCACGUAUAUUGGAAGAUAUUAAAGAAACAAAAAAAAAAGUAGAAGGAAUAAUUGAAAGAGAAAAUAUAUGGACUGUUCCCAAUCUUCUUUGCGUGGGUCGUAUGGUUACAUCGCCUUAUUUAAGUUAUUUAAUACUAUCACAAGAUUAUCAGGUAGCACUAUGGCUAUUGGCAUUUGCAGGAGUUAGCGAUUUAGCUGAUGGAUGGAUUGCGAGAACAUGGUCAUCGCAAGCUUCUAAACUUGGCAGUUUUUUGGAUCCUGUUGCUGAUAAAUUACUUGUAGGAACACUCUUUCUGUCUUUGGCAUGGGUAGGAUUAAUACCAGUGCCUCUUACAUGUCUUGUUGUUGCAAGAGAUAUUGCUCUAGUUGUUGCGGCAUCUUACAUCAGAUAUCGAUCAUUACCUGCACCCAAAACAUUGGCAAGAUAUUUUGAUCCUACACAUGCAACAGUACAGUUAGCGCCUACUAUUGCGAGUAAAUUGAAUACAGCAGUUCAGUUGUCUUUUGCUGCUGGGACUGUAGCAGCUCCUGUUUUUCAUUUUGUGAACCAUCCUGUUCUUCAAUGUUUAUGCUAUAUAACUGCAAUAUCAACGCUUGCUGGAGGUAUUAGUUAUUUGACAUCUAGGAAUACGUAUAAAUUUCUUAGAAAGAAAAAAGUUUCAACACGGUCAUAAUAAAUAUUAUUUUUCCAUUAUCAUUACUUAAUAGCAGAUGAGUAAUGUACAGUUAUCGAAUCUUAUGUACAAAUUUAUUAUUGCAAUUUUUUACAUAUACUAUUUUGCAUAUCGAUAUUCAAGUACUAUAAUGUUUACAGAGAAAUAUAUUAGUUAAUAAACUUGUAUAUGUAUAUCUACACUAAUUAAUCUAUGUAAAUUGGCCUUAUUAAAAUAGAAUAUUAUCUAUUUUAUACA